AUGAUGGAAAACGCGGUUUGUUUGAAACUAAAUGAUUUUAUAGGAUGUACCCUCUACGUGUCACUUGAAAAGGAAAGAUCCUUACAAGGAACAUUAGUGGCCAUUGAUGCACAGUGUAACCUCUUAUUAGACCAUGUCUACGAGCGUACGAUUAUUCCAACUACGACGGGUAACAAGAAAAAUGACAGGUCAUUGGGGUUAGUGAGUGUUCCUAAGAGUUCUAUUAAAUCAAUUGAAUUGAAGAAGGCUAGAUUGAAUGAAUUGACGAGGUUGAAACAGGAAUUAUUGAAUGAUAUCGUUUGA